UUUCACGAAGGCAUGCUUCCACCAUACAGGCAGAUGUUCUACCAGCUGUGUGACCUGGAAGUGGAUCAAAUUCAGAGCAUCAUCCACCGUAACGAUGGGAAGGAAGAAGUUUGUGAUGAGCGCGACGGCUGGUGUAUGGCCCGCACGGCUGAUGAGCUCCGAGACAUCAUGUCCCUCAUGAUCAAAAAGACCAUCCGCGAGUCCAAGGGACACAGCACAGCUGGGCUGUUCCACACUCCUAAGACUAAAGAGAAGUCUGUGACUGGCAUUAGUAAAAGAGACUACGAUGAGGAGGAGGAAGAUGAUGAGGACGAAGAGUACCAGCCCUCUGAUGGCAGCGAGAACGAGAUGGAAACAGAAAUACUUGACUAUAUGUGAAUCUUGAAACCAGAACUGUAUAUAUUUUUGCACUGUUUUGUUACAGAUGAAUAAAUAUUUUUAGCAAAAAACAUGUUACAUUC